AGUGUACUCAACCUCGAAGGGCGCCACUGACUGGUGCUAACGCGACGAUGGUCAACACAUCGCUUCUCCCAGCUCGGGCGGGUGCUGCCGCGGCUUUUGUUCCGGCUGCACCAACGUAUGCUCCUCCUCCAGCGGCGUAUGCUCCGGCUCCUCCGACAUACGCUCCUGCACCUGCUUCGGUUCCUGUGGCACGUACGGGAUACUGGAGGCAGACCUUGGACAGAUGCGUGACAUUUGUCGAUAAGGCGGAGGCUAAGGAGGCGAAAGCGAAGGAAGAGGAGGAGAAUGAAAGGAAGAAGAAGGAGGAGGAGAAGAAUAGGGAAGAGUUUGAGCGAAAGGAGCUAAAGACAGAGAGAAGCAGAGGUCAGGAAAUGUUAUCUGGGAUGAAGGCGGAGAUUGGACUGUUGAGGAAGGAGAAAAUGCGGUCAAUGGAAGAAACAGAGUCAUGGAGAAAUGAGGCCCUGAGGCCGGGGAAUAAGAGGGGUACGAUAUCGAUAUCGACUCCUGAGUGCGAUGAUCGUCUGAGAUCAAGACAGCGGGUGAUGAUGUCACCAAGUAUAGAAUUGAGAGAAGAAAUGUGGAAGAUGAAGGAUUCUGAGUAUUGCACGAUGAGGGAGUUGGAAGUGCUCAAGCAAAGAAAGGUGGAGGCAGAGGUAAAAGGUAUCGAGGCGGAAAGAAGGAAGCUAGAGGCGGAAGCUGAAAUCACCAGGCUACGUGAACAAGUGGAGAAACUCUCCAUGGAGGUGGCGACGGUGCCUACUGGUGGUACUAACUUGAAGGGCAAAUUGGAAGCGGUGGUGGGCAGUGGACAAAAAACGGUGAGGAGGGGGAGGCCAAGACUCACACCGGCGAAGACGCCGAGAAAGGAUGAUGUGAGGAAGGACGAUGCGAUGACGGAUGCUAACGAUCGCUUUAUUUUCCUACGGGAAGAAAAGAAGAGAUUACGGGCGCUGAAGAAGUCGGGACUUGAAGCGAUAUGCCAGCAGGAGGGGAUCGAGUACAAGACAGUGGAAUCAACAGCUGAUGAGCUGGCGGAGAUCAGGGCGAAUGCAAGGUUUGGAAAACAGGGUCGGGGAUUGGAUGAUUCUGGUAGUGAACCGUCGACAAGUGGAGGAACGAACGAGACGCCUGCAGAAGUCGAAAAUUGGAAAUUGCUGAAGAGAUGCUAUGGGGGAUCUGUUGUCAGCACUAGCUUUGGCACGGCACAAUUGAGGAGAUCCAGGGGAUGGUUAGCAGAUGGUGUGAAAUUGGAGUUCACGACAGUAAUCUCUUUUUGCUCAUCGUUAUCGGUCUUCAAACCUGACUUGGCUAGAUUGCUUAGUUAUCCUCCGUCACGAAAGGAGAUAUUUGCAUGGGAUUUUGAGCGGCUGGUCUGGAUGUUUAGCGUUGUAAGAUCUUUUUCUGAGAAACGAACAAGGUAUACUUUGAGGUGUUUGAUUUCUGGGGUUCUGCGAAGAAGGUUCGAUGUGAAUAUUCGCAGUCGGCUUGUGAUCAGAAUUACGUAUUGUGAAUGUCUUAAUAAGACAGGGAUUCGAAAGUUGUGUGCUACCAUGAUAAAUAAAUUGGAUAUUGUCGAGGGUUGGAAAUGGAUGAUGGUUCGACGAAUGAGGCUGGUGUGGAAGAAGAAUGUGAGUGUUGGCGGUAUUCUGUACAAUUUCCGAAAGGCAGCGAGGGAAGGGGAUGUGAAAUGUAAAUGUGGGGAUGCGGAUGGGACGUUCCCGAGAAAGGAUCGUCAUGUCUGCUUCAGAAUGAGUGAGGUGGGUUUUGUACCUGCAUGGUUGAAAAAUGCAAAGAACAUCCCCAAACCUUCGAGACAAUGCACAGUUGGGGGCUUGAAGAAGCAGAUUAUAGCGGCUUUCGAGCCAUUUGUCACAGUAAACUCUGUGACACGUGAUGAAAUUGGGCACUUGCUUUCUGGUCAGCUGUUGAGGGAUUGUUUUAAUCGCGCUGCUACUGACAAUGAGGUAGUAUGUAGCACUGAUGAGGCAUACUUGUGGAAAGAACGUUUUGGAAGCUUGGUAUGCUGUCCAAUUGACCACAAUCCAGGGGACUCUUUGGUCUGCUGCCCCUCGGUCUAUCAGGCGGGGAUGAGGAAGAUGUUUUUGGGGAAUGAUGGCUUUGAGACUUGCUUGGAAGGAAAAGAGGAAAUUAACACACGUAAUGGAAUACAGUACAGGGAGAUGGAUUUCGAGAGCUUGGGAAAAUGGGACUCGAAGGGCAAAUUGGGGAGAUGCUAUGUAGUCCCUAAGCAUAAGGAUACUAAUAGAUGGCGGCCGAUUUGCCCUACCUAUGAGGAGUGUGGGGUGGUGGCAAGCAAGCGAGUGUCGAGAGCAGUCAACAGGCUAUUGUGGGACUUACCUUUGAGGAGUAACUUCAACUUGCGAAGUACGGAGGAGUUGGUGGAAAGAAUAGCGGGGGUCAAUAAGGAACUGAAAAAAGAUGAGGCGUUUGUGGGUGCGGCAUUUGACAUAAAGGAAAUGUUAUGUAAUCUUCCGCACGAUGUCAUAAUGAAGGCGGUGGAGUGGGUGCUGGACUACUGGACAGCGCAGGGGGCGAAGGGUGUGUUGUUGAAAAGAAGAGCCGGUGUGGUGUUUAGACAAAGGAUGGGCAUACCGAUGGGUAAAGCAUCGAGCCCUGCGCUGGCGUGCUUGUUGUCUGCGUACUCUGAGUUCACCUUCCUCAACUCAUUGGGGUCAGAGAGGAAUCUAACUCAUGGUGUUCGAAUUGUGGACGAUGUGUCCAUUUUUGUGAGAUACAAGAAGAAGGAUGAAAAGUCAAGGAGGAUGGCUGAGGAGGUGAUAAGGAAGUUUGAGAAUUGUUAUCACAAGAAUCUGGUUUUAGAGCGUACUGACAAAGGGGGGGUUUGGGAUUUUUUGGGAUGUGUUGUGGGAGUGAGAGACUGGCCGGAUGGCAUUGUCUGUGCCGCUACACAUAAGAAUCAGGGAGGUGUCUGGGAAGGGCGGCUGACGUUUCAGAACUUGCAAGACUACUGCACGUACUCGAGCCGCCAGCAGAAGCUGGCUGUGAUCGCUUCCUUCUUCUACAGAGCGAAGCGCUACACGACCAUGAGGGGCGCCGAGGCUAUUUUUCUGCUUACUCUGAAAAUUGAACUGCGAUUGAGGGGCUUUCCAGAUGGUUACUUUGACACGGCACUCAGUAAUUUUUCCAGCAAAUUUGGGGGGCUCUGGGAGGACUGGGUGCAGUGUCUCACUGGGUGGGAACAGUGCGCAUGGAAAAAGAGAUGAGCUGGGUUGUCUUACCUUUCCAAACUGCUGUGUUUCUUUGUCUGUCUGUCUGAUUUCUCUUCUUUCUUCUACAUCUAAUCUGUUUUUCUUGUUCUCUUUAUGAUUACUAUGGGAGCUGUCUCGGUUCUUCUAUUUUUAGGAUCGUUGCCUUCUGCUGUGCACUGUUCUGUUUUCUUUUUUGUCUAUGCUCUUUUCUCUGGCUCGUUUCUUUGCUAAUCUCUAAAAACUGUUUUCUUUGUCUGUGCCUGUCUGAUUUCUCUUCCUUGUUUCUACUUCUAAGUUUGUCUUUCCUUUUUCAUUCUGAUUGCUAUGGGAGCUGUCUCGGUUCU